UCAAUUUAUGUAUUUUACGUGGAGUGAGAAUGAUGUUUAGUAGUUCUGCGUUCGUUUAGGUUCGAGAUAAAAAAAAUUUGCUUGCUCUCGUUGGAAAUUUUGCUUACGAGUUUGUUCUUAAUAGUUGAAUCCAUUUCGCAGUACAUGCAAAGUAGCUUGUAGAUAUCUGUAUACCACCAGAAAUUUCUUCUUGAAAAAAUCCUGGCUACGCCAAUGCAUUUGAUUUUGAAUGUAAGUUGGAUCAGUGUACUUCAGCAUUUAAAAUGAUCAAUCCUAUGUACCUACUUACUCUUAGAUGAAUCAGACCUAAAAUUUGUUUCGCCAUAAGACACCAUUGUGCAAAAAAUGAGUGAAACGUGUUCUACUUCUCAAGAUUCCUCAUCUGCCGGCGAAGGAGAUGAAUUAAUAAAUUCAACAAGUGUCAGCCAUGUUUAUCACUGUCAGUGUCAUCUUCAGUGGUUAGAAACAACCGAAACGUGCCCACAAUGUCAUAAUAGUUGGAAUGAAAACGUAUCCGAGUUGAAUUUGAAUUCGUUGGAAGAAAUGCCUGUAGUUACUGAAGAGCGGUUAACGCAACUUGAGGAAGACCUUCGACAAAUGAUCGAUAAAUAUGACGCUGAAGUUCUGAAAUACAAUGUAUUGAGAGAGAAAAAUGCCGAAUUGAUUGGCUAUGUACAACAGCUUGUGAACUCCAAAUCUGAAUUAAAAGAACAAUUAGCCCAAACUCAGGAAGAAUUAAAAGAGAUUAAUGACAAACAUAAAUCCGUACUUUCGGAACGUGAAGAAUUCAAGAAAACAAAUGGCAAAUUAACGGAUAAUGUACAACAGCUCGAAAAAUCACAGUUAGAUUUAAACAAGCAGUUGACCCAAACAAAAAAAGAGCUGUACGAGCUCCAGGAGAAACACAAAUCCGUAGUUUUGAAACACGAUGAAUCAAUAAAGAAAAAUGGCGAAUUCAAGGAUCAGAUAGGACAGCUUCAGAAUUCUGUCUCUAAUUUAUCAAGCGAGUUGACAAAAACUACUGGACAAUUGCGUAAGAUGGAAAACGACUAUGCAACUGAAAAGUCAAAAUGUGAAGAAUUCAGGAUCAAAAGUGUAGAACUUCAGAGUCUAGUAGAAGGUCUAGAAAAUGCUGAAUCAUGCCUGAAAAAUGAAUUAUGCACAAAAGACAUGGAAUUGAUGAGAAUAAAUCAAGAAUAUGCCAAAGAAACAGUGCUAACCCAACAAUUGCAGAGAAGAACGGUAGAAUUGGGAUAUAUACUCGAUCAACGUUACCAAGUUGAGGCAGAGUACAGAAAUCAGUUGGAAAUGAAAAACACAAAAUUACUAGAAGCUGGAAAAAGUCUCACUGCAGCUACGUUGGUCAAUGAAGAGUUGAAGAACAAAAUUGGAGAUUUGGAACUUUCCCUGCAACUGAAUGUUGAUUCGGUACGCCGUCGUAAAGAAGAAUUAAUAUCAAAAGGUGAAGAACUGCAGAAAAUGGAUAACAUGUAUAAAGCUCUGUUAUUGGAAAAUGAAAAAUUCAGACUUGAAAUGGAAUCCUUGAAAGAUAAGUUGAAAGACUUUCAAUCCAAGUAUAAUUGGGAGUACCAGAAGAAUAAAUCAUUACAACACGCGAAUAAAAGAUUAGAUAAAACUUUACAAGGAGAAAUUAAGAAAUUAAAAAGCGAGCUCGACAUGGAGGAAAUGAAUAAAUCAAGAGUUCUCAGCAUAAACACUUGGGAAGAUUUUAUUGGACUGAGAAACGAAUUGAGAAUGCAUAGACCUAUUGAUGAUCAGUUGAAUUUGACAAUUUGAAGGUCAAAAAGUUCGAGGAAAUGAUCGAGGCAAUAUCCUGAGUUGGUGAAUUUUUUCCACUUGGUGAGCUCGUAAGGUUUCGCCAAUUCUUGAGCAUUUUAAUCUUUAGUAUGGUAUGUAAUUUUAAUAAAUUUCAAUAGGUACCACUUGCCUAUUAAAAUACUGAUUGUUAGCGUUAGCAGUUUUCAUUUUUAUUUUUUUUCAAUUUACAGUAGGUACCAUAAGAUAGAUGCCUACCAAACAAUAAAUCUUUUUCAAUUUUU